AACUUACAUGUACUUUAAAUUCCAUCUGAUGUUCAGAGUUAUAGUUUCCUUACAACAUUUUUUUGUUUGUUUGUUUUAUUUUGAAGGGGAAAAAAAGAAAAGAAAAAAGGGUCAAAUUCCAAAACAUGAUAAAUUUUGGGGGGUAUUUCAAGUUUAGAACAAGCAGCCGAACCUGAUCAGUGUUUGGUCCACAGACACCUCACGUUGUAAUCCUGUUAAUGACGUGAACAUUUAAUAGAUUUAUUAAUAUUACUGAACCUGGAGUUCAGCUCCAUUUUUCCUGGUUAAUAUUUUGUAAAUGUCACCUGUGAGAAAGACGGAGCAGCGACUGAUGUCCGAUCUCUCUCCUGGUGCUUCAAACUCUCUGACGAGCAACAAUUAAACAAAUGCAAACCUCUCUCUUGACCUGUGUGUAAUAAUCCUCAUUAAAGAGCUAUAGAGAGCUGCUGUUUGGAUUUAGUGUCUCAUUAAAUCCAGGAACACUGCAGCCAGCAACUGAACUGGUUUGAUCCAUUUAACCACCCUCGAAUAGCUUUGGAUUGAGGGGAACAUGGCGUGACAUAAUGGUUUGUGUGUGAUCUCGUCCUGUAAGUCCGACACAGAGUUUGGAGUGAGGUGUGUGUAUAUAUAUAUAUAUAAUAAAGCAGAACAGAUUAUCUCGGGGAGCCCCUCUGAUGGUGUAAUCUCAUCUCUGAAGAUUAACUCCAGCUCUGAAACUAAACAUCUCUCCGGCUGAGCUGAGAGAAAACUCCCAAAGAUCCUCCAGAGAUGGCAAAGGUUUUCAAGAAGACCAGUGGGAAUGGAGGGCUGACCCUCUACCUGGGGAAGAGAGACUAUGUGGACCACAUUUCCGGUGUGGAUCAAGUUGAUGGUGUCGUAAAGCUGGACACGAAGGAUUUUGGAGAAAGGAAAGUGUUUGUGCAGCUGGCAUGUGCCUUCCGUUAUGGUAGUGACGACCUGGAUGUGAUGGGCCUGUGCUUCAGGAAGGACAUCUGGGUCCAGCAAGUCCAGAUCUACCCCGAGAGCCACAAGCCCACCCUGACCCCCAUGCACGACACCCUGAUGAAGAAGGCUGGAGACAACACGUAUCCUUUCACUUUCGAGAUUCCCAAAGAUCUGCCGUGCUCAGUGUCUCUGCAGCCUGGACCAGACGACAAGGGGAAGGCUUGUGGUGUCGACUUUGAGAUCAAAACGUACCUCGCCAUGGACAAGUGCAACCCUGAUGAGAAGAUUGAAAAGAAGGACACUGCUCGCCUUAUCAUCCGCAAAAUCCAGUACGCCCCCUCUCAGGUGGGCGCUGGUCCCAAGGCUGAAAUCUGCAAGAGCUUCAUGAUGUCCGACAAGCCUGUUCAUCUAGAAGCUGCGAUGGAGAAAGAUCUCUAUUUCCACGGCGAAGCAAUCCCCAUCAAAAUCAAAAUCAACAACGAGAGCAACAAAACAGUCAAGAAAUUCAAAAUCACUGUGGACCAAACCACAGACAUCGUCCUCUACAGCGCCGACAAGUACACCAAGGCUGUUUACACCCAAGAGUUCGGAGAGACGGUGGAGCCCAGCAGCACCUACGAGAACACUCUGUCCAUCACGCCUCUGCUGUCUGACAACAAGGAGAAGCGAGGACUGGCGCUGGACGGCCGACUGAAGGACGAGGACACUAACUUGGCCUCCACCACUGUGCUGCGACAGGGUUUAGAAAAAGAUGUGUUGGGAAUCCUGGUUUCCUACAAAAUUAAGAUUAACCUCAUGGUGGCCGGAGGAGGCCUGCUGGGCGGCCUCACAUCCAGUGAUGUCACAGUGGAGCUGCCACUGCUGCUCAUGCACCCCAAACCCUCAGAGUAAAGACUGCAUGUCAGCUAUCUUAAAAGAAACUCCCCUGUAGUGAAGAGAAGAUGUUACACUGGAGGUUGUGAAGAAAAACCCACGGAAUGACAGAAAAGCAACAGGGUGAAGUGACACCGAACAAAGAAGAAGAAGGAUGCGACUGGUGUUAUGAAAACAAAUAACAAUAACUGAGCAAUUUUCGACACACCAAGGAGACAGAUCAGUAACAUCAGUCCCCUCACAGACGUAACUGUUGUUGUCUUUAUUGCCUAGCUGUAGAGGAAUUAGGUAUUUGGUUUGCAAAAUAGUACCAACAUUUAGAGACCAAUGACUUUUGUAGAUCUACGUGCAUAAAUGUUCAAAAUAAAGAUCUUUUCUCUUCACUUCACGAUACGAGCGGUGGAACAUAGGAAAUCACUUCUGAGAUGAUAUAAACCACGGUGCUUUGGAUUAUAGCGAUGAACUCAUGUUGAAUGAUUUUUUUUUCUGUGAUACCUGUCAGACUGU